AUGCGGAAAUCAUCAGAGGAGAAAAACCCCGAGGAGAAAACCACUCGAGAAGUACUUGAUGCAAAAGAGCGCAGACGCCUUCAAAAUAGGAUUGCUCAGAGAAAUCACCGUAGAAAGAAAGCCCAGUUGAGCGGCUAUCAGCAGCAAAAAUCAAAAGACUGUCUUGCAGGGCUGGUCGAUGCGCGAACCAACCUUGGAAAUAACGUCAAAUUCACCCAGCAAGCUCCAGAAAGGAAAUGCCGGAAUUUGCUCGGUUCCUUCACCGUCUCCCCUUCCCAUCCAAUAAACAAACACGACUACUGCGAUGUUCCCGGUCUUGACGAUGAGUGUCGCCUCCCCUCCACCCUGUGGUCGCCGGACAACCAAACAGAAAGCACCAAUACCCACUCUCGGCAGCAUUUCCAAGAAGUCAACGAGGCUUCCGGCACAGCUAUAGCCACCAAAGUAUGGGAGAUUCCAGCUCUCCCGUCUGAACCUAGGGGGGUCCAAAGUUCUCAAUUCCCAGAAGACAUGAGGAAAUCUGGUUAUCUGGUGACAAACAGUCCUGAUUUUAACGUACCGUUUGAAGGAACAGACUCUGAGAUUAGUAGCCCUGCUGCCCAAUCUUACACGGGAAGUCUUUCUGUAGCUCAAUCUUGUCCAACCGUACCAGAUUCACGAACGCCUGUGUCUGAGGAUGGCCUCAGUAUAAUUGGGAUCCCCCCGGGGUGGAGGGGGAACAUAUUCGACUCACCCAGACGGUUCCGCUCCUACAGUGAGAACGCUGGAAGAUUUCCCCACAACUCUCCUUUCCUCGUGCGCCCAGAAAACUAUCCAGAACUCGCCAGGGACCAAGACGACUCUGAGGGCAAAAUGGCGCUCCAUUUGUCAGCAAAAAACGGCCAUUCCAACAUUGUGCGAUGCCUCUUGGAUUUCGGGUCAGAGAUCAAUCAACAAGAUAUGUCAGGGGCCACUGCCUUGCAUUACGCAGCUGAAACGGGAAACGUGGAAGUUAUGAAGAUCUUACUUGAGAGGGGAGCCGAUGGAAAUAUCACAGAUUUGCAAGGGCGGACGCCAUUGCACAUAGCAGCUGAAAAAGGACACGAAGCUGCUGUUAGGGUCCUAAUACAGUCAGGAGCCAGGGUAGAUAUUCAAAUCCAAAGGAAACAAGUUAACCAGCGAUAUGGAACUUAA